AUGGCUCCAAUAACUGAAGAAAUUUCUUUUCGUGCUUGUUCUGUUCCUUUAUUAGCUCAUUGUUUGGGAAAUAAUUUGACUAUUUUUGUUGCUCCAAUUAGUUUUUCCUUUUCACAUAUUCACCAUUUAAUUGAGGAUAGAAAAAGGAGAAUUUCGUUAUCUAAUGCUUUUGCUUCUAGAGUUUUUCAAAUGCUCUACACCUAUUUAUUUGGAUUAUAUGCAACAUAUAUAUUUUUUCAAACAGGUUAAAAUUUAUUUAAAAAAUUGGUUCAUCGAUAUUUGCGGACAAGCAUUUCAAUUAAUAAUUCUGA